UCUGGACCUGGACCAUCGUCGUCGUCGUCGGUCGUCUGUUCAAUUCUAAUUCUUCUUACAGAUAUGGCGUCUGCAAUGAAAGUUUAUCAAUAACAAACGUCAAUGUCUUUUACAUGCUCAAAGUUUAUCGUCUCUAUUUCUCGUGAAAGGCUACUGUAAUAGCCGAGUGUAUUCAAAAGAAUCCUGCAUUGAUGGUAAUGCAUGCAAGGAAACCUCAACGGAUCAGCGAUGGGUAUUUCGAGAAACACCAAGCCCAUCCGUAUCAGAAUUCCAAGUAUAGCUCAUCAAAGGAUAAAUAUGCAGAUAAGUUCAAUCAUGAAAGGAUGCGCGAUUCUCCAAACGGGAACACGUAUCGAUCUGUUAGUCCCGAAUCACAAAGUCCGUAUAGCAAAAAUGCAUAUGUUUCGAAAACGCGAGAAAAGGAGAGGGAAAACAGAGACUUCAAAUCUCGGGACAAAUAUUCAGACUAUGUUGACAAAUCACCUAGUGAUAAGAGAAGUAGGGAAAGCAGAGAUGUUGAACACAGAACAAAUCAUGAUAGGAGCAGCUCAGAGAAAGUAGUAUUACAUCCCAUCAAAUUAUCCUCUCAAAAUUCAUCCAGGGAAAUGGCCCAAAGAAAACCCCUUCAGCAUUCUGCUUAUCCAGAUAAAAAAAGUGAUCGAGGCGACGACAGAGAGCGAGAAAGAGCGCUCAGAGUGGGUGACUGGUCGGAACAUCUAAGUUCGUCCGGUAAGAAGUAUUACUACAAUUGUAAGACUGAAGUGUCACAGUGGGAAAAACCUCGUGAGUGGUUACUCAGACCUCCGCAGCAGUACAGCUGCAGUAACCAGCCCAGGUCUCAUCAUCAUGAUAGUCGACAUUCCAAUUCUACUCCAAGGCAGCAACGAGACAAGCACUCGCAGCAGCAGCAGCAACAACAACAGCGGUCAUCGUCAAAUUCGGCACCUCAUUAUUGGAAUAACCAACACGACAAGCAUGACGCCCCUGUAAAUUCAAAUCCUGAAGCACAGCAAGCGCAGGAUAUGGAAAUCUGUAGCGGAAGUAGCACACCUACGUCUGAAGUGUCCUAUUCUCAUCAUAAUAUGGCCACUAACAACGAAGUUCAUGCAAGACUGCUCUCUCAAUUACCCCAGGUAUCCAAAGAGCAGUGUUCAGCGGGCAGUGGGACAGUCCUAACAUCAUGCAUCAGCGGCAGUGAGCAUCCUGCUAGUGUUUCAUCUUUAGGAACUAGUUUGUUGCAGCCUCUAAGGGUAGACACCUCUGUAGCAAAUGCUGACCCGGGGCCACCAACCCCAACGCAUUCAGAGCAUCAUGAUGCAACGGAUGUACGAAAAGUGAUCAGCAGUCCGCCAAGCGGAAGUAGCCUAGCAUCUAUUAGUAGUUCUUUAGCAACACUGAGGUCACAGGGACCCAAUUUAACACCAAGUUUAUCCAAUUUUCACCGUGAUGAUCUAGUUUCUCAUGUUAGAGGUUGGCCUGCAGACGUUCUGGAAAAGCAGGCUCAAAAACAAAACGAGGAAUCAAUUAAUCUGGGAAGUAUGCAAUGCACUAGAGUUUCAGCUGAGUUGAAAUCCGCUAGAUCCUUAGUUCGGUUACGGAAUAUUCAAGCAACUCUUCAGGAACAAAGGGUGUUGUUUUUGUGUCAUCAGAUAAAAAUUUUAGAAGAAAUGAAAUCACAAAAUUCAUUCAUGGGUGAUGAUGGAUAAUUUGAACAUUACUGCCUGCUUUUCUCUGCGAAUGUAAUUUCUGUUUGAUCACAAAAUUAAGUGUGUUUGUAAGUAAGCUACAAAUGAUAUUUGUUCAAUUGUCUGUAUGUAUAGUAGAUAUAUAAUUUUUUAAUUAUUUUACUCAAUGUAUAUAUUGUACAGUCUUCAUUGUAUGAUCACACUUAUUUUAUUUCGUUUUUUCUUCUUUUUUUGUUUUGAUAUCAUCUCCUCUCUUGCAUUAAUGGCAUCCUAAAUUUUAAUUGUUGCAAGAUAAAAAAACUUGCGUUAAAAGGGGAAAAAAGAAGAAAAAACUAAAUGUUGAAUUCCAUGAAGAAAAAAAGAAAAAGAGAAAAGAUUAUUGUGAAAGCAUUAGAAUUAUUUUGAACAAAUCAAUUUUCAAUAGAGGGUUAAGGGAAUUUUAAGUAGGUAUUUUACACGUAGGCGAACACAUGUAUAUUAAAUGAUCUUUGAUAGUGAUCGCUGGCAAGUCGCAAAAUAUGUUUUUUUCUGAAGCUGUUGAUUAUUAAUCACUUUUUUUUAAUUUUUUUUUUUUUUUUGUGCUUUUGCAAGGACAAAAGGAAACAUGUCUCUGAAUUUUUUCUCUGUCCUCUCUCCGUAAGUUAGAACAGUUGAAUGUUUUGUGAAAUCAAUUGUGAUCACCAAUUUGUUCAUCGCAAUUAUCUUUGUCCAAGAGAACGAAUAUUAAAUCUUUGAUUUAUCUCCCACUAAUUUCUCUCGAUGAUAGUUUCAAGUGAUUUGCAUUAAGUCCUCAAAAUGUGGGCCUUCGAAAAAUUUCGUACGUAAGAAGGAGGGGGUGAAAAGUUCCAUAUUGGAAAUUCUGACAUUCCCUUUGACUUUUUUUUGUUUUUGAAAUUUACGUGUGGUCAUUUCAAAAAAUAUUUCAGAAAAUUGAUUACAAUUUUCUAAAAUCUUUUUGAAAUCUUUUUGGUGGAGAAGAGUAUCAAGAAUUUUGAGGUCAAUUUUAAAAUUUACUGUAGAAAGUUACCUUUUGCAUUCUGGUUGCGAAUGCACCGAAGGAGUCAGGAAAUUUUUUUUCAUUUUUUACUAGGAUUACUCCAGUAGAGUCAGAAAAUUUAUAUAUAGGACUACGUCUUUACUUACUACCUGGGGGUUGAAUUUGUGAAGCGACUAAUAGUAGCCACUAAUUACAGCCGUUGAUGACGUUAUCUGAGGUUUCCAUGUAUGACAUCUUCACAUAAUUUCAGUUAUGACACGUUGUCUACAUAACUUGAACCACCGUCACCUGUACAGGUGAUAUGCUUAUGUCACUUUCCACCAUUGCAACUUACGAUGUCAGUAUCUGGACUUUAUUGUUUCCCCUCAAGUCUGUAGAUGACUCAGAAGGACUAGAACCCCUUCCUUUGAUCGUCAGAAUCAUUCGGUAUGUCUCAGAUUAUAAAAAUCACAUGUAGUAUUUGCCCCAUAUCAUAAUGCAUAACUUAAGGGAACUGAGCACAAACUUUCGUUUAAUAAUAGUAUCUUCUUUCAUUAAAAGAAAACAUACUUUAAAUGACAUUUUUCUCUCAAUAGCAAAUACCCAAUUGAAACUUGUUCUCAUCUCAGAAGACUAUGAUGUAGGAUAAUCAUUCCUCUUGAGAAGUGCCUCUAUGUCUCUAAAUUGUGUUUAGAUUUCAAUUGGCAAAUUUUUGCUCAGUAAAUAAUGGAGGAUAAAUAUUGCUGUUACAAGAGGUAUCAGACAUUUAGACUGUGACUUUAAGGCUAAACAAAUAGUAUUCUUGAAUUUCACUGUAAGACUUGUAUCCCUUUUUUUGUAUUUUAGUUUUGCUCUUAUUCUUCAUUUUGAUGUAGAGAGCAUUUGGGAGCAAUUUUUUUUUUCUACUAUCAUCUUUUAUAAAAUCAAAUGAAUUAGAUAAUCCUGUAAGUAGUCCCUAUAGAGCUUUGAAGAAUGAACCCUCAGGACUGAUAAUAAAUUAGUAGGUUUAGAUAAACGAUUGGGUGCGCAAGAAAAUAAAUUUUAACAAAUUAAUGGGAGCUAGAAGUUGAGUACUAUUACUCUUUUCUGUCAGAAUGUAUCAAUGCUUCUAAAGUCUCCACGUAAUUGUAUUAGAGGAAUUUUUGUCCUCUAAUGAAUCAAAUGUGUUGCUGAAUUCUAUCCUGUUUAUGAUUCCCACAUGAUGGUUUUGUGUGACUUGCCCUCUUUUUUGCAGUAAAGUCAAAAAAAAAAAAACGCUCACGAAUUUAGAGGGUCAGUCCUAAAACUUUUAUGGGCCCAUUGUGAAGCUUUAACUAUAGUUUUAAUUAAACUUAAGAGCUUAUCAGCCCGCAGCAGAUAUCAAAACUGUCUGUUUUGUUUCACAACUUCUUGGUUAUUUUGAAUUAAAAUGUUGACGAAGAUUCCCAUGCAACAUUAUAAGAUUUCAAUAAUUGUCUUUUCAUUUUAUAUUUUUUUUUUUUAUGCUGUAACAAGGGAAUCGAAAGUAUUCACCCUUGGAUAUUUGUAUAAUACGGAAUAUUUAGCUUAUGUUAACUCGUUACACCUAAUGCGUAGUUUUUUGAAUGGUAUGCAUUUUAACUAACUUAAAUAUAAUCUGUGAUAAAGAUCUUCAGUUUGUCAGUGAUUAAAAGAAUCAUAAUUUAGUGCUCACCGAAGGCGUGAUGCAAAAUUUGUCGAUUUUUAUUGGUGUCUCGAGCAGGAGACACUGAAUUUAUGCUUAGUUCUAUUCAUGUAAUUCAAGAUUUCUUCAAAGUUUUACAAUAAUAAAACUGUGUCGGAAAAAUUAGAAAUUUGUAUCUGUUUUAUUUUCCUUGCUUUUAUAGCUUCAGUGAGGGCCUGAAAUGGAGUCAUGCAUAAUUUCUGGCUGUUCCCUCCUUUGCUUUCAAUAGAGGUUUUCAGAAAUUGAGAAAGUUUGUUUCCUCUUUCUGCGCUUUAAACUAAGUUGCUCUUUUUGUCAAGUUCUCAACUGUCUUUUUAAGAAUUCUUAUUUUAAUUCGUAGCACUUCUUUAGUACAUACAUGAAAUUCAUUUCAAGUGUUGAAAUUCUUCUUGUGACUGUACUCAUUUUAAAAAGAAUACCAUUAAUUGAUUCAAUAAGAUGAUAAGUGUCCCAAAUUUCAGGGGUUAUUCAAUCUUUUUUAUUUUGAUACGGUAGUAUUAUUUCUUUCUUUCUUCUCUUCUUUUCAUUAAUAUGAAUUAAAGUUAACAAUUAAGAUUUUAAAUAUCUGCUUUUGAAAUUUCUGAAAGGAAUAAUUUUUUGGAAAAAAUACGUUCCUUAUUUUGUUUGUUAUAUCCUCCUGUAUUAAAAAAUUAUUUCCACUUGGGGUAAGAACCUUUUUAUCUGAUAAACUUCUCCAAAAAAAAAAAAAAAAAAAAUGGAUUAUACAAUUUUCGAGUUCCUAUUGGAAAUACAUUUUUUGAAAUCCACCGCUAAAUUGAUUAGCUAGAGAUAAUCUGCCAUGCCAAGGACAAAUCCUGCAUCAGGACCUGAAAGGAGCCGAAUGUUUCGAGGAAACUUACGCAUGAUUUUCUUUGAAAUUUUCAGAUCAGACUUUUUAGAUUGAUCACGUAAAAUUCUGUGAAAAUUUGAAACACGAACUUUUUCAAAUUACCUAGAUGAUAUGGUUUCUAUCCGGUGAAAUUUUGCAAUGCUCGAAUAGUCGCAUGAUGUUUUUCCCCAGCACAGCAAAAUUUUGGAAACAUCAAGGGUUCAGCCUCCAGUCACUUUCAGUGGUCAACAAUUGAUGGCAGCCUUGAACUGAAAAAAAGAAAACUAGAAGGAAAGAGAAAAAAGUAAAGAAAUCGAUGUUUCCUCUUUCCAUCGAAAUUAUCCUCAAGGAUGCUCAUAAAACGUUGUCUCAUUCAAAAUUAGGCACCAUCCCAGUUGAAGGAUUGUAUGUAGACUGGAAAAGUUGCGAAUAUGUACUUUAUGUAUCUCAAGUCUGCUGGUUGCUCUUAUUUUUUGAUUUUUUUAAACUUCAGCUUUGUUUCAAUCAGCUCUAUUCGAUUUAAACAAACUGCCGCAAAAUUCAUCAGAUUAGUUGUAAUUUCGAAAAGUUCUCCAGUCAACCUGUAGCUGUUGAUACUUUCUCUUUAUUUUUCACCUGUCAUAUUACUUUGUUAUACUUUUUUUCUCUCUCUACCUGAGGUUUGAAUUAUCGCUGAACUUCUGAACUGUUGCAACUAUUAAGAGCUUUGGGUAUGCAUUUGUUUCCUGUCUUGUUUCCCAAACUAACUUUUAUUUAAAAAAGAUCGUAAUCAGGUGCGUUGCAGGAUUUAACUUUUAACUCAGUUUACCUCCAAACAUUAAGGGAAGGAGCUCAAUAUGCACCAUAAGAUGUUUUGCAUCUGGUCAUAUUUUUAUACUGAUUUUUGCUUAUGUUAUGUAAAAUCAUGAGCCAUGAAGUAAUUCCGAUAAGCUAGCGCAAAAAGGAGGUUGGAUUCAGAAACUUGUUCAUUCUACUCAUUUGUGAUGUUUCAAUUGUUCUAAAAAUCCUGCUACGUCCUUGCAUGAUGAGGUUUAGGGAGGGAUAUCGAGACCCCUUUUUACCUUGUCAGGAAAGUUCUUCACAUCGGUGAAAGUAAAUACCAGAUCAUUCGAUCUCCACACAAGUCCCAGAAUAUUACUCCAGCAUGAGUGAGAAAAAUCAGAUAAGUUUUCCCUUAUUGUUUGUUUUAGCGGUAAAAAUAUUCUCUCCUGUCAUGUGUGUAAUUGUGUUUAUCAUUUCAUAGUAUUACAUUACAUGUCGAUAAAAGUUUUUACUAAUUUUUCCUCAAAGCAUUUACACGCGGCUGUCGUGACUGGCUGGACUCAUUAGGCAUUGAUGAUUUCUCUCCUGUGCAUUUAACAUCUUUAAUUAAUUAAUUUAAUUAAAUCUCAGCCCAGCUUCUUGUUGUUUGAAUUGUUAAUUGUAAUUCUUUUAAUCCUGGAAAAAAGUUAUUUACUAGAGCUAAUUUAAUUUGUGUUUUCAGUUGAGUUUUCAAUUAUUUAUUGUGAAUUUAAGAUAAGCGAUUUAUUGGUAUCAGUUUAAUCCUAGUUUACUUCGGUAAGCUUUUAUAAUUGUACUAUUUUUACUUUUAUUCUUUUUGUUUUCCACUGAGAACCAAAAAUAUACUGAAACUGUUGUCACUCACA